AUGUUCGUCGUUCUGGAACGCGUCACGGCCGCGAUCCACGAGACGAAAGCCAAGACCAAGACCCGCGCCCAAAGUGCCGCCGCCAACGGCUCGCACCGGAUCGCCUGGACGGAGCAGUACCCGCCGACCUUCGGGAGCCGGCUCGUCUGGCCGGCACCGACGUCGCCCCACCGGUCCCGGAGCGCGUUCGUCCUGCGGAAGGUGCUGCUCGUGGGGUUGUGUGUGGGCAUCCUGGACGUCACCAACUGCUACCCGCACCUCGCCCCCUACUUCCAAGUCGAGCAUGCGAUCGAUGCGGCCUUGCCCCCUCGCCUGGGGGACUUCUUUGCGGCGUUGCACCUGUCGCUCCUCUCGCCGCGGCUCGUCCGGAUCUCCAUCCUCGGCCUGCCGCAGGUGGCCACGCUCACCUUGUCGGCCACCAUCCAACCGCCGUGGCUCACCGGGUCCUGCGCGGCGUCUGGGGAUCCUGCGGGCACCAGCUAUUCCGAAACGGAGAUCCUGACGGGCCCAGGAAGAGCCUUUGCUCGCGCCCUGGACUGCCCCUCGUGGCUCAUGUCGCUCCCUGCCUCAGCUUGGACGGACGUCGAGCAGGACGGGCAAGAGCGUGCGUGCGUACGAUACCGUACCGGAGGGGAAGACGCCUGGAGAGAGCGGCAAGCGGAAAGCGGAAAGCGGCAGGCGGCAGGCGGCAGGCGGAAGGCGGAAACGGAAACAGAGCUUCAAGACACACUAGAUAGUAGAGAAUUAGAGUCCUGGGAAUCCUAUAUGCAUUCCCUACCGCUUACGCAAGCAAGGAAGCAAUCAAGCUCUAUCUUUCGCUGUCUCUCGGUAUGUUUUUGGUCUUUUGACCGCCGUCUAUGUACACCGGUCUCAUCCAUCACGGUCCGCUCCGCUUCGGUCCACCAUCCGCACCAUCACGCUCGCUCGCUCGAUUACCAGCCUCGACCAGGUAUCGUCCCAAAUCCAACACUGCAUACCCUCCGCGACACCCUCUCCCGUGUCCCCGAAAUAUGCCUCUAUAACUACAAUUAG